GUGCUUUUGACGUUGAAGUCUCCAACCUGGCAACAAACAUGCUGUAGGCAGUGAAGUGGCGGGACCGAUGACUUACAGUGGGCAUGUCAUGGCAAUCGUUCUUGACGAUGAAGAGGUUCAUUAGCGAGGGAAAUCGCCUCGAGAAUGCCGGCUGCCGCCUGUGGCACAUGCAGCGAUUGAAUCGCCUCGCCGCCCGAACCGACGCGGUCGACGACCCGCACAACGACAUCCUCCGCGCAAGAGCGUCUACUGCAACUUUACCUCGACGACGCUGUCGUGCAAUAGAUGUUGCCAUGAUGUGUAUUGCGUUCGGUGCUUUAAGCUCAUCCAUAUGCGAGGACGUUUCGCUCCACGUCCACCUUCCUCCAGACAGUCGAAAACAACAACGUUUGUCCCCGCAGCAAUGGCGCCGCCAUCCUCCGACCCAGCCGCAAUCGUCCCGUUGUCGUGCAAAAUGUGUGGGAACACAACAUGGAUGCGCUGUUCCAAAAGGUCAUGGCCACGAGUUCACAAUCAAUCUGCCCAGCGACAUGGAGAGUGCCUACCGCACGGACCCCCGAGUGCAACACUUGCAAAGACCCCCACAUAACCACCCUGUGCCCCUGCUUUUCAACCUGCAUCGAGUCAUCGUAUCCGUGAUUCCCCCAUUGUGGCGACGGACUUGCAAACUGCCAUCGCGUUGUGACACCGAGUGUCCCGUAUAGUAGUAGUGGAAUGCGCGUGGAAGAUCAUGGACAAGGCCGUGUUUAGUAGACAAGGACAUAGUAAGCCACGUGUCCAAGCAACGAUCGAUGGAUCGAUCGAUCAUGACGGACGUGUGUAGGAAGUUGGUCGAGGAUGGGAUUGAACGCAACGACAGACACGUUGUUCCGUCAAGUGUUGACGCAGAUCGUGCUUACCAUACGCACGAAUGCUUUGUCGUGCAAGUCAUCUUGCUGUUUGAGACCCACGAUCAUUUG